AUGAAAGAUAUAAGCCGAGUGGAGGUAGAUGAUGUUCUCGAGUCCCUGGGUAGUACGGGCAGAUACCAAAUCUUUAAAUACAUCAUGGCAGUUCUACUUGGAUUAUCAGAAGCUUACCAUGGUCUCUCCAUUGUCUUCCUUGGACAAGCCAAUGAACAUACCUGUGCGUCCCCAAAUCCUGGUAAUUUGACCAACGAUACACACGUGAAGUAUGAACAGUGUUCAAUAGACUAUAUGUAUAAUGGUAGUGCUGUGAACAGUACGUCUUGUAUAUAUGGAUAUGACUUUGAACACCCUAAAGAUUUUUCUAUCAUUUCUGAUUUUGAGUUGGUAUGCGAAUCUGCCCAGUGGUCGGAUUUUUCACAGACUAUGUUGAACGUGGGUAUGGGUAUAGGAUCCUCGACACUGACAAUAGUCUCUGAUAAAUUUGGACGUAAGACGAUAGCUUUGAUAAGUAACCUUUUAAACUUGGUAUUUGCGAUCUCAACGUCGUUUGCACCCAACAUAUUCGUCUUCAUUGUUCUUAGAUUUCUCAUUGGAAUUACAUUACAGGGAUCAAGUUUAGCCUCAGUAACAAUAGCCUUAGAGUUAUUCCCAGCAAAUAAGAGGAAGCUGGUCGGAACAUUUGGUAUGGUUUUAUGGGGAGUAUAUACCAGCAGCGUUGCUCUGGUCGCCUUCUUGGUCAAAUCGUACAGCUGGAGAAUCAUCAACUUGGUCUUAGCUUGUUCUUCUCUGUAUGCUCUCGUACAAUUCUGGGCAACAGACGAGUCUUUAAGGUGGUUAGUAGCCAACAAUCACGGUGAAGAGGCCAUAUUGAUGAUCAAGAAGGCUGCUAAGAUGAACAAAGUGGAUCCCAAGAAACCAUUACAGGGGCACCCAAUUCCACCUGUGAAGCAUCAUAAGUAUAUCUACAAGACUGAGGCAAUCCCCCUUAAACACGUGGCCACAGAGGAGAAGCCCCAGCAAUUUGAAAGACGGAAGAGCGUCAUUGCGGAUUUUGAACGCAGGAAGAGUUUUAUGGCUCAGAGAAGAAAGAGUGUACUUCCAGAGAAGAUGAAGUAUACGUUCCUGGACAUAUUCAAGACACCUCGACUGGCUGGUUGCAUGCUUAUGAUGUGGUUUAUUUGGUUCUCCAACAGUCUGAUAUACUACGGUAUACUUCUGACAUCCUCAUCACUAGCUGGUGACAUCUACCUCAAUUUCUUCCUGAAUUGUCUGAUGGAAAUACCUGCUGCAUUCAUCUACUGGUUCACCAUCGAUAGAAUUGGAAGAAAGAAAACGGCUAUUUUGUUUCAUAUCGUAGCAACAUUUGGAUUGAUAGUUGCUCCUGGACUCAAACUACACGGAGAAGAGUGGUCGAAUAUAGCAGCUACAGUAUUUGCUCUGAUCGGGAAACUCGGGAUUUCUGGAUCGUUUAACGUUAUCUAUUUUUACACACCCGAGAUCUUUCCUACCAACAUCAGGAAUGUGUCGUUUGGCACCUGCUCAUCUGCUGCCAGAAUCGGUGGAAUGUUGUCGCCAUUUGCAAAUCUACUGGCUUCAAUUGUGCCGUGGCUGCCUGGUGCUAUCUUUGCAGCAUUUUGUUUACUAUCUACUAUUUUAUUUGUUUUCUUGCCAGAGACUAGCGGAAAGGAAUUACCACAGAAUAUGGACGAUAUGAAACGAUUGUACGACUAA